AUGUCAGCACUCAAAUCCAAACUCGCCUCCGCCGUCCCAACCGCCAGCAGCCCCUCCUCAAGUCCCCGCAACAGCGUCGACCUCAACGACAACAACUCCUCCAACGCCGCAGCAACAAGCAUGGCGAAGAAAAAAGACGACCCAGACAAAUACCGCCUUCUCGUGACCGCUGGUCCGUCGUACGACACCGCAACCCACAAACAAGUCUAUGUCAACACGUCAACGCCUACACACGUCUCGAACGAGUUCCUCGACGCAUCGAUCAAGGUCCGAAUACGCGGCUACCGAGGCCUGCCUUCUUCCAGCCCUUUGUCGUCACCGUACUUUGACGACCCGUUGCAUGAGAAGGAUCAAUACUCGAUUGGGUUCACGUUUGUGCCGAAGCAGGAUCUACCGUCGAAAGAUGUGGUCUGGGGCAAUGACUUUGAUCAUCCUGUACGAGACAGAUUGCCGCCGGGGGUGAAUACGGCGUUCAAGAUCGUGAAGGACUUUGUGGACCCGGGAUUGGAGAUGGAUGCGUAUGCUGAUGAGCCGUGGCUUUAUGGUCCAGCAUUGUCGUGCUGGUUCGCUUUUCACAUCGGUGAUAAGGCUGGAGACGAUCAAGGACAGCAGCCAGACAGGAAGGAGGAAGACGACGUCCUCCACGAGGGUGCCAGUGGCUCAGGCCAGGAGAUACGGAAGAGCCUAAACCUCCCAGAAAAUGCCGAGAAACGCCGCAAGCACUUCCUCUCAACAUCCAACCGGGAAGCCCUCAUGUUCGAGAAGGGCCGAACAUACAGCGGAGACUUCUACAAUCCUUAUCUCGACUUCGGCAACUUCGCGCUUAAGCUGCCCGGGUUCAGCAUCAAGGUGAUCAAGUAUAUUGAUGAGAAGAGCCAUUCGCUGCGAUAUGUGUUCAAGAACAGGAAGACUGGAGACGUCUAUUUCUGUGUGUCUCUGAAUCUGUUGUGGGGCGAGCAGCUGGAGAAGGCAAGCAAAGAGGACGAAGAGGUGAUUGGACGGUUCGCUGGUGCAGAGGUUGGAGCGAAGGCGGAUAGGGGCGCCGCGGCUAAGGAGGAGACCAGAGAAGAGCCAGUGCGUGCGCCAGAAGUCAACGGGCACGCGGAACAGCGCGACUCCGACGAGUUGCCCAGCAAAAGUCCCCAAUCUCAACCCGCGAGUGCUGCAGAGCCGAAUCCGCCGCAAGCGGACGGGCCAGCUGAGGACGCUCCAGGCAUGCGAGACAAGCCGGACCACGUUCAAGAAGAAGUGAGGAAGAUGAGCAUCUCCGACAUGCUACAAGAUACGUCGUCGAAGGACACCAAAGAUGCACCCAAAGGAGGCGUCUUAGACGAGCUGGACUAA